GUACAAUCAAUCCCACACCACUUCGACCCAUCACCGCCGCUGCAUCGUCCUUCCCGCAGGCACUUGAUUUCGACGACGAACAGUAGAGCGCUACUUCCAAACAGCGCCUCCUGUCCGCGCCGUCUGCACCCCCGCUCACCUCCAAACAGUUCUCAUAAACGCAGCCAUGACGUCGAUAGGCACAGGCUACGAUCUCUCCAACUCCGUCUUCUCCCCCGAUGGACGCAACUUCCAGGUCGAAUACGCCGUCAAGGCCGUCGAGAAUGGAGGCACCGCCAUCGGCAUCAGAUGCAAGGAUGGCGUGGUGUUGGCGCUCGAGAAGCUCGUCACCAGCAAGCUCAUGAAGAAGGAUGCAAACAACCGGAUAGCAACUGUCGACAGGAAUAUCGGUGUGGUCCACUCUGGUCUAUUACCCGAUGGCCGCCACUUCGUCUCUCGUGCCCGCGAUGAGGCAUCACAAUGGCGCGGCACCUACAAGGCUCCUAUCCCCACAUCAUCUCUCGCCAACCGCAUGGGCGCCUACGUGCAAGCAUACACUCUCUACUCCUCCGUACGACCAUUCGGCAUUACCGCGAUCGUAGGUGGCUGGGACGCUGAAACAGAAGUUGACGUUGACGGAGCUGUCGGAAGCGGGCCAAAGGUCGGAGCAGGUGGCAAGACGCAAGGCGUGAAGGAAGGCGGGCCAUACCUCUACAUGAUCGAGCCAUCAGGUCUGUACUGGGGAUACUACGGCGCUGCAACAGGAAAGGGACGACAGACCGCAAAGGCAGAGCUGGAGAAGCUGAAGCUGGAUCCAAAGGAUGGCGAGUGCAUCAGCUUGGAGCAGGGCGUCAAGGAGGCGGCGCGCAUCAUCUACGCUGCGCACGAGGACAGCAAAGACAAGGAGUUCGAGCUAGAACUCACCUGGAUCAGCUCAGUCAACGGGCCGACUAAGGGUCGACACGAGGCUGUGCCGAAGGAGAUGAAGGAGGAAGCAGAGCGCUUGGCCAAGAUUGCGCUGGAAGGCGAGGACGAUGAAGAGGAGAAGAUGGAGGAGUAGGCAAUCUGCUGGGGUGUAAGAUACCAGUGCAUACGGCGGAGUCGCAUGCAUAGAGCGGCGUACGAGUUGAUGGCUACAGAGAGGCGUUCAUCAACGCUUUAAGAAUCGAACAAUGGCAUGUAUCAUGAAUCGUAUGUUGUCCCCUC